AACGUUAUCUGACGCAUUUCUACUAGUAGUUGUCUAAGAAAAAAAGCAAACAUACUAAACUCACACUCUACAAACCUAGUACGUGAGAUGCAGGACACGGUAAAUAUGGCGGCUGAAUCUGAGUUUGAUGAAGAAGAGGAGCCUUCGUUCAGCGAUGCGGAGGAUUUUGUGGAUGAUAUCGAGGAUGAAGAGUUGUUGGAAGAUGUUUUGAGAGACAGACCUUUAGAAGCUGAUGGCAUUGAUUCGGUGGUUGUGGUGGACAACGUUCCUCAGGUGGGCCCUGAACGACUGGAAAAACUGAAAAAUGUGAUCCAUAAAAUCUUCUCCAAAUUCGGAAAAAUCACGAAUGAAUUUUACCCUGAAGCAGCUGGGACCACCAAAGGGUACAUCUUUCUGGAGUAUGCAUCUCCUAACCAGGCUCUGGAAGCGGUGAAGAGUGCAGACGGUUACAAGCUGGACAAGCAGCACACAUUCAGAGUCAACCUUUUCACAGAUUUUGAUAAGUACAUGAACAUCAGUGAUCUGUGGGAAACUCCUGAAAAACAGCCAUUUAAAGACUUUGGCAACAUGAGGCACUGGCUUGAGGAUCAAGACUGUCGUGAUCAAUACAGUGUCAUCUAUGAGUCAGGAGAGCGAACCGCCAUAUUCUCGAAUGACCCAAAAGAGCCGAUACUGGUGGAAGAGAGAGCUCGCUGGACAGAGACUUAUGUCCGCUGGUCUCCCAAAGGCACAUACCUGGCCACCUUUCACCAAAGAGGAAUUGCAUUGUGGGGUGGAGAGAAGUUCAAGCAGAUCCAGCGGUUCAGCCAUCAGGGCGUCUCUCUCAUCGACUUCUCCCCAUGCGAAAGGUACGUGGUGACAUUCAGCCCACUGAUGGACACUAAAGAAGACCCUCAAGCCAUCAUCAUCUGGGACAUCCUGACCGGACAGAAGAAACGAGGCUUUCACUGUGAGAGUUCGGCACACUGGCCUAUUUUUAAGUGGAGUCAAGAUGGGAAGUUCUUUGCCAGAAUGACACAAGACACUCUGAGCAUCUAUGAAACCCCAUCAAUGGGACUGCUAGAUAAGAAGAGUUUGAAAAUAAGCGGAAUAAAAGAUUUCUCUUGGUCACCGGGAGACAACAUCAUUGCCUUUUGGGUCCCAGAAGACAAGGACAUUCCAGCCAGGGUGACGCUCAUGCAGUUCCCAUCCCGUUUAGAGAUUCGGGUGAGGAAUCUGUUCAAUGUGGUGGACUGUAAACUUCACUGGCAGCGGCAGGGCGACUACUUGUGUGUGAAAGUGGAUCGAACGCCCAGAGGAACACAGGGUGUUGUCACAAACUUUGAGAUUUUCCGCAUGAGAGAAAAGCAGGUUCCUGUAGAUGUGGUGGAAAUGAAAGAGAGCAUCAUUGCGUUUGCCUGGGAGCCCAAUGGCAGUAAGUUUGCAGUCUUACAUGGAGAGUCACCCAGAAUUAAUGCCUCAUUUUACCAUGUCAAGAGCAACGGAAAGAUUGAGCUUAUCAAGAUGUUUGAUAAGCAGCAGGCCAACAGUAUUUUUUGGAGUCCACAGGGCCAGUUCCUGGUACUGGCAGGUCUGCGAAGUAUGAAUGGUGCUCUUGCAUUUGUGGACACGUCAGAUUGUACCAUUAUGUAUAUCGCAGAGCAUUACAUGGCCUCUGAUGUGGAAUGGGACCCUACAGGCAGAUAUGUGGUGACUUCUGUUUCCUGGUGGAACCACAAGGUGGACAAUGCAUACUGGCUUUGGACGUUCCAGGGUCGUCUUCUGCAAAAGAACAACAAAGAUAGAUUCUGCCAGUUGCUAUGGAGACCACGCCCUCCAACUUUACUUAGUCAAGAGCAAAUAAAGGCGAUUAAGAAGGACCUCAAGAAGUAUUCAAAAAUCUUCGAGCAAAAGGACAGACUGAGCCAGUCUAAAGCUUCCAAGGAGUUAGUGGACAAACGUCGUCUGAUGAUGGAAGAUUACAGAAGGUACAAAGACAGUACAGUUCAGCUUUACAGCCAGCAGAGAGAGCUGCGUCUUCAGCUCAGAGGAGGUGUGGACACAGAUGAACUGGACAGUAAUGUGGAAGACUGGGAGGAAGAAACAAUUGAGUUUUUCAUCAAUGAGGAGAUCAUUAAUCUCGGAGACCUGGAGUAACUUGCAUGCAAAACCCUCCUGGAGAGCGCCACUGGUCCAUCUCAAGUGCUUCAUUGAGAGACACAUUAAGUAUGUUUACAUUUGCAGCUAUAAUCCAGACGGUCUUUGAAUACUCAAGUGCUUGAUCAAAUAUUCCCAAUAACAAAUGCAUAAUCAAAUAUAUGAAAUUGAGGUCGCAAUAGCCUUUUCUAAUGUUGUUAGAGAGAUAGUGGAAGUUAUUUUGGUUAAAAUAAUGUCACUGUUGUCCUUUGGAGCAACUGUGCAAAAGUUGAGAACAAUUGUAGUCAGAUUAAUUUUGUGAACAUAUUGGAUGAAGUCAAAAUGCUAAUGCAUUUUUAAGACUGGAAAUCCAAAUUUGCAAAAACCAACGUAGUACGAUUUCAGUAGGACAAAAGCCUUUAAAAGACUAAUUGUUUAAAGGUGCAUGUAAACACACUUCCUGAUUCACUGUAUAUUCCUGCUUAGAAGGGAUGUUGUUUGAUUCUAAUAUGAAUUUUAAGUAAGCUCAUAUCAGUCAUAACCCAGUUUUAGCUUAAUUUCUUUUAGAAUCUACAGGAAGGAUUACAGAGAAGUGACUUUUUCUUGUAAAAUUAUGUUUUUCAAUAAUUUUUUUCCUGACAGAAAAUGAAAACAUAGUUCUAAAAAACAAUGGCGCUGUUUUGUGGGUUAUUAUGGCUGAUGGGGUUCUGAUACAAGAGAAGAAUUUCUUUUGCACCGUGAUUUUGUUUAUGCAUUUUUACCCUACCUUUUUACAAAUUUUUUAUGUUACAGCCUUAUUCUAAAAUGGAUUAAACUCAUUUAUUUCCUCAAACUUCUACACACAAUACCCCAUAAUGACAAUGUGAAAAAACUUUUAGAAAUUGUUGCCAUUUUAUUAAAAAACUAAAAACCUGAAACAUCACAUGUACAGAAGUAUUAACAGCCUUUGCUGUGAAGUUCUAAAUUGAGCUCAGAAACAUUCUGUUUCCACUGAUCAUUCUUGAGAUGUUUCAGCAGCUUAAUUGGAGUUCACCUCUGCUCAAUUCAGUUGAUUGGACAUGAUUUGAAAAAUAUACACCUGUCUAAAUAAGGUCCCAGGGUUGACAGUGCAUGUCAAAGCACAAACCAAGCAUGAAGACAAAGGAAUUGUCUAUAGACCUCCGAGACAGGAUUGUCUUGAGGCACAAGGCUGGGGAAGGUUACAGAAAAACUUUUGCUGCUCUGAAAGUUCCAUAGAGCACAGUGGCCUCCAACAUCCGUAAGUGGAAGAUGUUUGGAACCACCAGGACUCUUCCUAGAGCUGGCCAGCCAUCUAAACUGAGUGAUCAGCGGAGAAGGCCCUUAGUCAGGGUGGUGAUGAAUAACCCGAUGAUCACUCUGUCUCAGCUUCAGCAUUCUUCUGUGGAUAUCAAUGGAGUGGCUUCACAACAACUCAGUGAAUGUCCUUGAGUGGCCCAGCCAGAGCCCAGUUUCAAAUCCUAUUGAAUAUCUCUGGAGAGAUCUGAAAAUGGCUGUACACCCAUCCAACCUGAUAGAGCUUGAGAGGUACUGCAAAGAGGAACGGGUAAAAAUUCCCAAAGACAGGUGUGCCAGGCUUGUGGCAUAUUCAAAAAGACUUGAGGCUGUAAUUGCUGCCAAAGGUGCAUCAACAAAUUAUUGAGCAAAGGCUGUGAAUACUUCUGUACAUGUGAUUUUUCAGGUUUCUUAUUUUUAAUAAAUUUCCAACAAUUUCAAAAAAAUCUUUUUUACAUUGUCAUUAUGGGGUAUUGUGUGUAGAAUUUUGAGGAAAUAAAUGAAUUUAAUCCAAUUUGGAAUAAGGCUGAAACAUUAAGAAAUGGGGAAAAAAUUCUGCACUGUAAUUCUAUAGAAAAUUCUAGACAUCAUGAAUCUUCACUUGUGACUUGGCAUGCCAAUGUGCUGCAGUAUUAUGAGGCAUAAUGUCAAUUCAAAGCUGCACUUGCUGUGAGUUAAAUAACUAUAUGGCAAUUUUAACACUAGCAUUGAAACAGACAGGUUUCAUUUAUGACAUAUUUGACAUAAAAAUAUUUGAUACAAGAUUUUAUUUUGUAUUUUAUUUAAUGUUGUCUUUUACAUGAAUUUCCCAUGAACUGACAUUGU